UGCAGCAAGUUGGAGCAAAACGUGCAGCGAGAGCAUCUUUUUCGAGUGACGUCACUGACGUCAUUCUUUCGUCUCUUGUUUUGUCUUCUCGUCCGCUCGCACGCUUGCAAAUUUGCGCUUCUCCAGGUUGUUGAGGAGGUUUUUUCAGUGAAAAUCAAUGUAUCCGGGACAAUUUGACCAUGGACCAUUCUGCGACUGCAGACUUGCGUGGACAAACCACGGCUUUGCGGGCCAAUAUCCAGCAUUCCAUCAGCAACCUUACGAGCCCGAAUGGAAUCGAGACUAUCGAGAGUUGCAACCACCCUCGUGGGAUGCGUAUUCUCGGUAUCCGGCCCCGUACUUUGCUGACCAAGGAUUUGUGGACUUUGCGGCCACGGAUUCGUAUGCGUUUCCGCCCUUCACGGCCCAUCAUGGACUCCCUUCGCCCUGGGAAGUUCCUCAACAACCACAAUUCCAUCAGUACCAAACACCAAGAAGACCAGCUAGUCUCAGGGACUCGUGCAUUUUCUGCCGCAUAUUCGACGGAAAGGAGGAGAAUGAAAUUUUUUACCAAGAUGAAGACUUUGUUGCAUUUGCUGACCAUCGUCCAGUGGCUCGACAUCACCUGCUGGUGGUCACGCGGAAUCACAUACGUGACGUCCUGAGCCUGCGGAAAGAUGAUCUGCCAAAGGUGCAGGGCAUGGUGGACGUCGGCAUGCAAGUUCUGGCUGAGAGGGGUGCAGACCUGAAUGACUCGAGACUUGGAUUCCACGUGCCCCCACGCACCACGGUGCCGCACAUCCACCUGCACGUCAUAUCCCCCGCCAGCACCCUCAGUCUCGGCGAAAAGAAAAGGUUCGGUCUCAACACCACCAUGUUCAUGUCUGCCCAAAAGGUCUUUCAGCACCUUUCUGAUCUCUCAUCCUGACUGACCAGGUGAAUAUCAUCAAGAAUAGUUUCCGAUAUGUUGCCAUCAAAAAUCUUUUUCACGUAUUUUUAACUGUCAAGGAAAUUCCACCUUUCUGCAUGGUUUUAGUUUUCUUAUAUGGGCUUUAGUAUGAGUGCUGCUAAAUAGUUUUUAUAAUGAUCGUUUUGCUCAAAUGUAAUUUACUGUAAUUUUGUGCGACCGAAGCUGAUUGUGAAUAUAUGUAGCUAUUAAAUUAUUAACGAAAGUUACAUAAUAUUUGCCAUGAAAAAAAUUACA